AUGUCGGCGGGCCAGCCGGAUCCCUCAGCAUCAGCACCAAACGAUAUGCCAUGGCCAAAGCCACCGAAAGGCCAUUCACACCCAACACCCUACCAGAUCCUCUCGACCACCGAGUCCGAGCCCUACAGCAAACGUCGUUUCUACGAUCUGGUCAAACUAUACCAUCCCGAUUCCGGCGCAUGCGAAAAGCAUCACCAUCACCAUAAAGUCCCGCAACCUUUGCGUCUGGAACGCUAUCGACUGGUCGUAGCCGCUCAUACCAUCCUCUCAGAUCCGGAAAAACGCAAGAUGUACGAUCGCUUCGGUGCCGGAUGGAGUGGUGUCCCUAGCACAGUUGGUGGCAAGCCUGGAGCCGGCACACCCGCAGGUCCAUUCAGUGCAUGGCGACAACAAGGGGACCCAGAUAUUUGGAAUAAUGCCACUUGGGAGGACUGGGAGCGUUUCUACGCUCGCCGGGAUGGCAUGCCCCAACAACCACGAUAUCUCUCCAACGGUAACUUCAUCUUAUGCGUCAUCCUGCUCGCCAUAGUAGGCGCUUCGCUGAACAUAAGCCGAGCAGAGAAAGAAGGUGACAAAGUCGUGGCAUCACGGGAUCUAGUUCACGAUCGUGCGAGCAAGGAGUUGAGACGUGUGCGUCAAUUGUCCGAGAACAGACCAAAAGAGGAGCGCAUACAAUUCUUCGUCAGGCAAAGAGAGGCUACCAUGCAUGGCGUUGGCACCGAGAGUUUGAGAGACGACAAGGUAGCCAAAUUGUUGCCCGAGCAAGAGACUUGCUUGAGCGAUGAGUUGCGGACGGGUGGGAGCGAAUCAUGA